AUGACAUGGAAGCCAUACUUCUUAUCUGGAGCUGAACAGAUAGAUCCAUCCAAAAAGAAAGAAUCAUCAUUAAAGAUGCCACAUUACAUGAUGGAUGGCUUGGAUGUAUCCAGAGCAAAUUUGCACCGAGCCGCACUGGAUAAUGGCCCAAUUGACAGCAGCCAAUGGAAUAUGACGUGGACAUGGGAAGCUAAUUAUAGCAACAACAAAUCAAUGGCUGCAAUUGAGACUCAUUUCAGCCUCCCAAAGAUGUCAUCAUCAGCAAAUGCAACAAAUGGGAGUGUUAAUGUUAACAGCAUCCCUGAAGUGGAAUUUGCAAAUGCAAAAUGUGAGUGUUGUGGAUUGACUGAGGAAUGCACAGAAGCAUACAUAAGAAAGGUUCGGGAAAGGUUUCAAGGGCGUUGGAUUUGUGGUCUCUGUGCAGAGGCUGUGAAAGAUGAAGUGGUAAGAAGCCCGGAUAACCGAAUUGGGAAAGAAGAGGCCUUGAAUCUGCACAUGAGUUUCUGCAAAAAAUUUAGAUCUCCUCCAAAUCCAUCUCAUCAUGAAGAUGAACUCAUCUCUGCCAUGAAGCAGCUUCUAUUUAGGAGCUUGGAUUCUCCCACUCCAAGGAAACAACAACCCUUUGUUCGAUCCAAAAGUUGUUUCUCUGCUCUGAAACAUUAA